AUGGCUUCCAACGACUACUACAACCAGGACCACCUCAACAAGCCUCUGCCCCCGCCGCUGAGUACCUCGCCUGCUCCGAUGGAUGGUCCCCAUCGACAGGACACUGUCGGUACCUACGCCAGUUCGCAAUAUUCCCAGCGAGGCAACACCAUCCCCGCCCAUCAAGCCUACCCAGCGAGAUCCGACACUUACGCCUCAACUGUCCCAUCGCUCCCCUCAAUCCCACCACAGCACAGGCAGGACACGUACACUUCGUCGGUCUACACCGCGCAAGCACCUUACGGCGCACCAUCUCCAGCGCCCGCGCCCUCUCUGUACUCUAAUGCUCCGUCCUACUCGAACCCCCCUUCUUACACGACCCAACAACAUCUGGGCACCCAGCCACCAGGGCAGAACCCUUCGCCAGUCUCAAACACCUCCGCGUCGCCCUUCGAUACCGUGUUCGAUGACCAUGCCUACCCAGCGACCUCUUACCAGUCUGCAACGUCAAGUCGCCAGCAUCUGACAGGCAAGGAUACGUCGUACAAUGGCGGAAAUGGUUCGCCGUCCGACGACCGGGUACAUUCGCAAGAUGCCAUUCCCCUGCAGGACCGCGCACCCAAAGAUCCAAAUGAUGAUCUCGACCACGUCUACGAGGCGCCGCGGCGGAGCAGGACGCAGAAGAAGCAAGGCGUGCGGUUUGGCGAGCUGGGCAUGUUCGGCGCAUACGGCAACCGCAUCCCUUGGGUCGUCUACAUUUUCACAGUGGUCCAGGUUGGCGUUUUUAUCGGCGAGGUUGCCAAAAAUGUCAUCGAGACCGGAUCUCCAAUUAUGAUAAAACCCUCCUUCAACCCCAUGAUCGGCCCUUCGACGUACGUUAUGAUCAACUUUGGUGCAAGGUUCACGCCUUGCAUGCACAACGUGGACGGCAUCACGAACGCCAACGAGACUAUCAGCUGGCCGUGUCCCAACACCACCUCUUCCGACACUUCCUCAUAUACUUGUACCUUGUCCGACCUGUGUGGAUUCGGGGGGAUUCCCGAGCCCAAGUACACUGUUGACGCAAGCAUGAGCGACAAGCCAGAACCCAAUCAGUGGUGGCGCUUCAUCCUGCCCAUGUUCAUGCACGCUGGACUGAUCCACAUCGCCUUCAACCUGCUACUCCAGCUGACAAUGGGCAAGGAGAUGGAGAGGUCUAUCGGGUCGCUCCGGUUCUUCCUGGUCUAUGUGAGCUCUGGGAUAUUCGGAUUCGUUUUGGGAGGAAACUACGCUGGCGCCGGACUGGCUUCUACUGGUGCAUCCGGCUCGCUCUUCGGCGUCAUCGCUCUGACCCUGCUCGAUCUCUUCUACUCAUGGUCCGACCGCGUCACGCCCGUCAGGGACUUGAUGUUCAUCAUGCUGGACAUUGUUAUCUCGUUCGUCCUCGGGCUCCUACCAGGUGUCGACAACUUCUCUCAUAUUGGCGGAUUAUUGAUGGGUCUCGCGCUGGGCCUCUCAGUGCUGCAUUCACCGAACGCGCUGCGGCGCAGGAUAGGCGAUGACUCGCCUUACUCGACAGUCAACGCGGGCUACACAGGGGACAAGCCACCAGGAUUCCUCAAGAACCCUGUUGGCUUCUUCAAGGGUCGAAAGCCGUUCUGGUGGGCCUGGUGGCUGGUCCGUGCCGGUGCGUUGCUGCUGGUGUUUGUCGUCUUCAUUGUGCUGCUGCAGAACUUUUACGUCUAUCGUAAGACCUGCAGUUGGUGCAAAUAUCUGAGUUGCUUGCCUGUCAGCAACUGGUGCAACAGCGGGCUUACGUUUACAUAA